ACAUAAUCUGAUCCUGAUUUAACCUGAGACCUAAUUUGACCCAACCGGAACCCGACUUGAAUACCCGAAUUAACAGCUCUAUUGUAACCUUUUCAAAUUACUAUUCUUUUUUUUUUUAAGAAAAUACGGCGUAUACAAAUCUAGAUUUUUGGCAGAGAAGGCAGCUAUAUUAUAUCAAAUCGAAUACUACGUACAAAAUUAGAUACUCCAUAGCUCGGUAAAUGUGCAAAACGACAUGAACUUCGGCCACAAUAUAAACUAGCAACCCCACAUAGCGUAGACACUAGACACCUAUAACUUGGGGCAAAACAGAUAACAUACGGCACUCUAGCGAGAGGUCGACAAUAUUCGACCUCGCUAACACUUUACAUUUCAUUCAACAACAAAAACAGAAAGAAAAUGGCUGGAGUAAAGAUCAUUCAAACCCCAUUUAACAACACCAGCAAUAUCCUGCAUCCGACCUUCCGUCCAAGGACCUUAUGGAAGCUGUGCUCACUCCCUCUUUGCCGGUCCGUACCCAAGGACUUGAACUCAGAGGGUUCCCAACCACAAGGAGACCCAAAGAAACAAGAAUUACUGGCCAGGAUAGCAAUGCUUCAAGCUCAAAAGUAUCGACUUACUGAUUACUUGGACGAGCGGUCUGCUUAUCUGACUCAAUUUGCUGAAGAAGCCAAUAUUGAGAUUGAUGCAAUCGGUGAAAACGCGUUAAAAGAUCUAGAUGAAGCCAGUGCUCGGAUUAUGGAGAAUAUCGAAAGCAAGAUGCAAGCCUUUGAGGAAUCAUCAGAGAUGAGCAAGGAGGAGAUUGCAAAGAGGGAUAAGGAGUUGGCCGACUUUGAAGGUGACAUCGUAAAGGGGCGAAAUGAAGGAUUGUUCUUUCAGAGCCUGCAGAAAAAGAAACCAGUGGAUAAAGAAAAGGCCAGAGAGGAAACAAAUAAACUUGCUGCUGUUACUAAAGAUACUGCUGCAUCCAAGUUCAGAAGAAAUAUAUACCUUGCACUGAUGGGUCUCAUGGCUGUCGGUAUUGCUGAUUCAUAUAUUGCUUCCUCACACUGGCGGAAAAUAGGUGUUCUUGGAGCAAUAUUUAUUGGUUUGCUCAGCCAAUUCAUCUAUGAGCAAAAUUUGUUAAAAGAUAGCGAGAAGGAUGAUAUACAGGAUAUAGAUAAUGAAAAAAAGUAAAGGCGGUUUUUUAUUCUUCCAUUCAGCUAUUUGAAAAUCACGAAUAUUAUGUGCUAAAAUGUUGUAACUAGUAAAUACAGGCUAUACAGCAUAACUUCAUAGAACCAAACAUUGCACAUCACUUAGAUUUAAUACUGUCAUAAUAAUGGUUGCUGC